ACCAAAUUAAAAAAUGCAUGCUAAGUAUUAUAUAUUAAAAAACAAGUAUUCACAGUUGUCUAAGGCAACUACCAAACAUGGCAUCAACCUCAACUUCACAAACCCCAUCCAAUAUUAUUAGUCCUUACUAUGAAAAUUGGCUUAUUCAACUCCAAUAUUUUCUUGAAAAACUAAAUGCAAUUUCAUCCUCAUAUGGUGGUGAUGAUGAAGAAGAAAAUAGAAGCAAUGAACUGGUGACACAAGUUUUGGAUCAUUACCAAGAUUACUAUAGAGAAAAAUUCAAUUCAACAAAUAGAGAUGUAUUUCUUUUAGUUUCUCCACCAUGGUAUACUUCUUUAGAAAAAACAUUUCUUUGGAUUGCUGGUUUUAAGCCUUCUACACUUUUUCCAACUAUUAAUUACUCAAUAGGUUCAGAAUUGACAACAGAGCAAUGUGAAAAUUUGAAGAGGCUAAAAGCAGAGACUAAAAGAGAAGAAAAGGUAAUUGAGAAAGGGAUGGCGAAGGUACAGGAAAAAGUGGCGGCGCCGCCGAUAUUUGAGCUGAUGAAAAGAGGGGGAACGGUGGUGGACGGAGAGGCGUCGGAAUUGGAAAGUGUAAUUGAUGGGAUGAAGCAUUCGAUGAUGUCAAUGGUGGAAACAGCAGAGCAUUUAAGAGGAUCGACGGUGAAGAACAUUCUAGAUAUUCUCCGGCAAAAACAGGCCGUUAAAUUGUUGGCGGCGGUAGCUCAAUUUCAUCUUCAGGCCAGAAAAUUGGGUUUACAAAUGGAUAUUCAGAGUGCUAAAAGGAUAAAUGAAGAUUUUAUCAAUUGAUAUCACAAAGGAAAAAAAUGUUCAAAAAUAUAAGUGUAGUUAGUUCUAGAAUAUUGCUAGGAAAUAUUUAGUUUUUGUAUUAUCCGUCCAGCUUUA